CGGGGGGGCGGGGCCGGACUCGGACUCGGGCUCGGGCUCGGACCGGGAGGUGGCUGCGCGCGCGGAGCUGCCGGAGUCGAGGGGACAAGUGGCCGAGGCGGGUCUGAGUGAGAUGUUCAACAAUAUGCUUCGCGAUUUCGAGGAGGAUCCGUUCUUCGCGGACCCAUUCCGCGCACAUCAAGAGCACAUGAAUAAGAUGAUGAGAACUUUUUCAGAUGGCUUUCAACUGGAUCAAUGUUUUGGUAAAAACAGACAAGUGGAACAAAGCUGCUCUAACAAUCAAAUGCCUUUCAGUGAUGAUCGCAGGGAAAUCAGCCGUUCGCUCGUGCCUUUUGACUGUUUUGGUAGUAUGGUUGCAGAGCCAAUGGACCCAUUCAAGCACAUGGAGAACAUGUUGUCUCACGUGAGGAGCAGAAUGUUUGACAGGCGUGGAAUAUUUCAUGAUCUGCCUUCCAAUUCGAAUGGUCACUCUUUCAGCUCUUCCAGUGUAAAGACCUAUACAAAAUUGGGAGAUAAACCUGCAAAGUUAUUUGAGGCUUCAAGUCAAACCAGACAAGCUCCUGGUGGGAUAAGAGAGAUAAGGAAAGCAGUCAAAGACUCUGACACCGGAGAAGAGAAAAUUACAAUUGGUCAUCACAUUCAUGAUCGCGGUCAUGUUAUUGAAAGAUCCAAAAAUGAAAAAUCAGGGGUUUCGGAAGUGAAUCAGGAAUUUGUCAACGUAGAUGAAAAUGAAGCAGAUGCCUUUGAUCAAGAAUGGGAAAGUGGGGUGGCAAAUUGGAGGAGCAGUGGACUAUUUGCACAACCUUCUCGCACUCGUGUAAAUAAGGGCCUUGAACCUGGAGCAAAAAGGGAGAAGUCUCUUCCCCGAAGAUCCCUUCAAGGGUUGAAUAAUAACACGCGUGGGAAUAUGAGUGAGAUGGUUCAGGGAAGCGCAUGUGAACUGCAAAACAGAAACACGUGUGGGAAGCCACAGAGGAGCCAAUGUGAGAGGGAACGUGGGAACACGCGGCCAUCUUGCUAGAGAAAACUCGCGCCACUAGUUUUUCGUCACUGUUGAGUUCUUUUGUGCUUUCACGUUCUCGUUCCCGAUCCUGCAGAACUGUUUCUGCGUCCUGUAUAACCUCUGGCUUUCGCUUCGCAAUGAGAGCGCCUCUCCGUCACUAGGAGCCCGCUAACAAAUGGUGGGAGAUACUCGGUCAUCGGCAAAGGCAUUUCAAACGAGCACAUUGUGUAGUGUGCGCGUGUGUUUUUUUUUAUCGGUUACGGUGACGAGACUUGCUGUAUGACUCACAAGCCCACAAGAAGCCAGUGAAUAAAAUCUUACCAUUAA